AUGGGUAUCAGGAACAUUCCAAAGGCUUUACUAAAACCCUCUCAUCUUUUAUCAAGCCAACCCAUUAUUUUCAGCGCAGCAAAUACCCUAAAUUUCCCCACAUCACCCGCAUACGACGAAAUCCCUACAACUUUUCUCUCAAAUCCUUCACUGAAAUUGAAUCUCCUUCAAAACCCCACAAUUUACAACCUUCAAAGAUCAUAUUUUUGUUACAUUCCUCCGAGCCCAUCAAGGGUUUGUCAAAAUGCCGAAGAGGAACCAAACCCAGAUGAUGAUGAUUAUGCACCCACCCAAGAAGCUCAAAUAAUCUGCAAGAUCAUAUUGGAGACCGGAAACUCUAAAAAUCUCGAAUCUGCCUUGGAUUCUGCUAACGUAACCCAAUUUUUAUCUCCAAAGUUGGUUCUUGAAGUGUUGAAAAAGCUCAACAAUGCCGGAGUCUUCGCGCUGUCGUUUUUCCGGUGGGCCCAGAAGAAAAGCGGCUUCCAUCAAACCCCGGAUUGCUACAAUGCGCUCGUUGAGUCCUUGGGAAAAAUAAAACAGUUCAAAACCGUCUGGUCCUUGGUGAACGAGAUGAAAUCGAGAGGCAUUCUUGAAAAAGACACUUUUGCCCUCGUCUGCCGGAGGUACGCGAGGGCCAAGAAAGUCAAAGAGGCCAUAGAAGCCUUCGAAAAGAUGGAGAGCAAAUACGGGCUGAAGCCCAACCUGCACGACUACAACAGGCUACUCGACACCCUCAGUAAGUCCUUCCACGUAAAGCGGGCUCAAGAAGUGUUCGAUAAGUGGAAAAACCAUAAAUUCAAUCCCAACAUCAAUUCAUACACAAUACUACUCGAGGGAUGGGGGCGAGAAUGUAAUUUCCUCGAAUUAGACGAGGUCAGACGCAAUAUGAUCGAUGAUGGGUUCGGACCUGACGUUGUAAGCUACGGUAUUCUGAUCAAAGCCCACUGUCGGGCGAAAAAGUUCGACGAGGCUAUCCGAUUAUAUCAAGAAAUGGUGGAAAAAAAUAUUAACCCGACACCUCACAUAUACUGCACGUUGAUCAACGCCUUUGGACCCGAAAAGCGAUUAACCGAGGCUCUCAAGUUUUUCAAGCUCUGCAAAGAAAGCAACGAUUGUGUUAUCGAGGCCCCUACUUAUAACUCCUUGAUCGGUGCCUAUUGCUGGUCGGGAAAAUUUGACGAUGCCUACAAGCUUAUAAACGAGAUGAAAAAAUGUGGGGUGGGACCUAAUGCGCGAACGUACGGCAUAAUCCUUCACCACCUCGUAAAACUCAAGAAAACGAGAGAAGCUUAUGGGCUUUUCAAGAAAAUGUGUUGCGAGCCGGAUUCUAGCACGUAUGAGAUAAUGGCGAGGAUGUUUUGUAAUGAGAGACGAGUGGAUAUGGCAAUGGGUUUGUGGGGUGAGAUGAAGGCCCGGGGUUUACUUCCUAGGAUGCAUAUGUUUGCUGUUUUGAUCGAGGGAUUGUGUAGUGGGAAUAGAUUGGAUGAGGCGUUUGGGUGUUUUAUGGAGAUGUUGGAUAUGGGGAUAAGGCCUCCCGAUCGACUGUUUAAGGAGUUGAAGAAAUGUCUUGUUGAGGGAGGGAAAGAGGAAGUUGUGGUUGUGUUGACUCAUAGGAUGGAGAGAUUGAAAGGAAAUGUGGUUGUUGGUUGA